GAUAUCGGUCAUCCCAUAUCCUAUCAUUAAUACAAGAUGUCUUUGCCGCCGCGGUAUGAUGUUGGCAGCGUUUGUAACUUCCCUUUCGAUAUUCCUCAGAUACGAAUAAAGAAUAAAGGCGCUGCCGCCGUGUAUACUGCUGGUGCAAUUUUCGCCAUCGCCAAUUGGUUCUUUUUGGACGCCGCCAUACUUAGUGCUCAUACGAAACCGCCGAGAGAUGCGCCCUAUGACCUCGUGAUUCAUGUUUCCUUCGUGGAUUGGAUUCCGGGGAUCUGCAGCAUAAUCGGUCUCUUGAUCGUCAACUUGGUCAACAAGGCGAACUUGAGAGGCGAGGAAACCUCCUUUAGUGGGAGCGAGACCAAUUUGGUUUGGAGAGCCAGGCUAUUUUUGUUUAUGGGCUUUGCGUUUUUGGCUGGUGGUCUUGCUGGGAGUGUUACAGUCCUAGUCCUCAAAUACAUACUUUCGUACUAUCCAGAGUACCAGUACUUUGGGAUAGCCAACGUCGUUCAGAAUGCUGGUAUUAUGCUCUCAGGUGUUGUGUUGUGGUGGUCUGCGCUCCUCGGCGGUGAUGAUGAUUAUCCCCUUCCACUUUGAUUU